GAAUGACAGAUUGGUAGAUAGGACUAGAAUAAUAAAAAUGUACUUAUCAUUUGUAAUCGAGUAAUUGAAGGGCUAUAAAAGCCAACUACAACCAAUCAAAAAAACGCAGUUAACAAAGGCCCACCCAAUGGAUAGUAUCAUGUCUCAGGAGAACAAUAUUAGACCAAAUUUGACACCUGUUUGGCUAACUCCGGAUUAUGUAGAGGAAAAAUUGUGUUUAUACUUCAAGGAUGGCUCCUUUAACCUGGAGAAUCUGGACAUUAAGCCGGCACUUGGGAAUGGGGAGAACUACUCCAGUGUGAUAACACGGAUCAAUGUGGAGUACACCACAAGGGUUUCACAGGAUUCGCAGACUGCCACGUUCCUGAUUAAGACAACAUUCCCGGGCAAAGACCCGGCGGUCCUCUUGCUGGCUGAUUAUGGAAUUUACACAAGAGAAAUGGACAUCUACGAGCACGUUCUGCCUUAUCUGGGAACAAUGGUAAGGAACGAGCUCGGAGAUUCCCGUAAGAUGUUCGCAGGUACGGUAAAUGUAGACCGCGAGCGAGACUGCAUCAUUUUUGAAGAUUUAUCGCUGGAGCAGUACAAAGUCGCUUGUCGGUUAAAAAAACUAGACUUGGAGCACACUCAUUUAGUUCUGGAGAGGCUGGCCAGUUUCCAUGCUGCUGGAGCAGUUCUCGCCGAAAGGAAACCUGGAGUCUUUGAAAAAAACUACGAUCGGGGAUUUUUUAACAAGCAUGUGCGGGGAUAUGAACCAAUUAUGAAGAAUCUUCUACAGGCUUUAUCCCGCUCCCUAGAACUGAGUCCCAGUCUGAAAGAAAAAUAUCAGGCAAAGAUAGAUCGCCUAGUCGAUAAUGUAAUGGAUUACGGCGAGAGAUCUACGUCUCCUAAUCCUGGUGACUUUUUAACUCUAGCCCAUGGAGAUCUUUGGACAACAAACGUUAUGUUUCAAUACGAUGGAGAGGGUCACCCGACCAAUGCCAUUUUAAUUGAUUUCCAGUUCAGCGUUUGGAACUCUCCGGCCAUUGAUCUGCACUACUUCUUCUCCACUUCGAUACAAGAUAAUCUUCGUUUAAAAAAUCAGACUGAGCUGGUUCAGUAUUAUUACUACAAGUUGGUUGAAUCCUUAAAAAAGCUGAAGUAUUCACGCCGAAUCCCAAGUUUAUUUGAGUUUCACUUACAGUUUCAGGCUAGGGCCUUUUAUGCCGUGUUCUCUUCAUUAAUCUUCGAGCCCUGUAUGCAGUACACCGGAAAAGAGGAGGCCUCCAUUGCCCAAGCUUUAUCCGCUUCCGAGAGUGGAAUCCGUUUCAGAGAUUCAGUCUAUGAGGCGGAUGCUAUCAGAAUGAAUAUGGUUUCAACACUGCCAUUUCUUGAUAAGUUGGGUUUGCUAGAUGAAUUGUAAUGUUAAGUUAAUAAAAAAUAUUAAAUCAGAUGUUGUUUAUCAGAA